CUCGCGCGCGUACGGUUCGAACGGAAAAAGCGACGGGUCCGGAAAACUUCUGGAACUCCUCGGUUCUCGGUUCUCGGUUCUCAGUUCUCAGUUCUCGUUUCGUAGUGCCGGUGGAGAAGUGUUCGAAAAAGUAAUGCUGGAAAAUCAGCUUAGACCUGGCAAAAAUGCCGCCGGCACAUUCGAUCCCCAUCGUAAUUGAAUUCAAGCCAGUGGAUUGAAAAUCAAAUUGAAUUUUACAGCAAAAACACAAAAACGAUAAACUAGUCGUUAAAUUGAAUAUACAAAUUGGUGUUUUGAUUAAAACUAAUAAACAUAAACACUGAAACCGCCAGGCAGAGAAGCGGAAUUUAUUUUUAAAUAAAAUUUCUUUGUUUUUCGCUGCCUACAAUUGGCUGACAUUGCUCAUACGCCCCGUUGGCCCAGUGAAAAGUGGAAAGUGAAAAGGGGGAAUUUAGCAUAGUUCCUGGUGGAAGGAGUUGGCAAAUGGAAAGCAAAUAGGAAAAAGGCAAGGGAUACGCAACAUUAACUCGCAAAUCCCGCUUGCAGGGAUAAAAACGAAGUAAAGGUCGUCAGCCAUGGAGAAUCGCAGUGACUUCGAGGCGGAUGAUUACUCCGACCUCAGCUGGAGCAACUGGAGCAACUGGAGCACCCCCGCGGCCGUCCUCUACUCGGCCAUGAGCAGUGUCCUCGCGGCCACCAACCAGACGCCCCUUCCCGAUUUUGGCCAGGACCUCGGCCAGUCCACCAGCUCCUUCAAUCACAGCCAAUCGUGAGUAGAGGCCGCAUCCCCCUCUAAUGCCUAAUUAUGACACACAAACCCAAUUAAUGUCGAGGCUCACGCACGAAUAGAGUGUAUUUUGGCAUGGGUGCCGAAUUUUCGGCUAAAGGGGGUCAAGAAAAAAUUAACCUCUUACUUAACCUCUCAAAAAUAUAUCUUUGUUAAACAAUUUUUUACCUUUGCAAACUUUUCCAAAGUUAUACUCUUAAUAUUUACUCCUUGGAUCUGUAAAGUUCUUUAGAUUAUUUAGUCUUAUUAUAAAAAAAUCACUAAUCAAAUAUGCCGCAAUUAUAAAGUUUCUGUACUACAUGUAGUAAUAGAUAGGAUUUUUUUUGUUGUACGUAAAAUAUAAAUGUGUAUAUAGGAAAUUCCGAAAAGGCCGACGACUUCCCAUUCUGGCAGAUAUUUCUUAAGUUUUUACAUACUGUUCAUCCGGCAAGCUCAUUUAGGAUGCUGAUAGGGAGUUUUUGUUCAAAACGCGAAGCACAAAUCAGAAAUCAUUUCCAAAACAAAUGAUAUAUAGAAUCCCGAACAUAUCUACUUAUGUACAAAGAAGCUGUGCCUAUAAAUUCGGAGACAAUUUUUGGGUCCAAUUCAGUCCCGUUUUGCAGUCGCUGGUACUACAGUUAACGUAUUACCCACAAUGUUUCUGCGUAUUUUAUUCAUUUUCCUGGGGAUUUCGGUCCUGGAGCAAUUAUGUCUUCUUGUCGGUGCCACUGGAUUGCAGGAGUUACCGUCGGUUGAACUAGAUUUGGAAAAGAAAUGCAGUGCAUAUUGCUUUUCGGUCAUAACGCCGACUCUCGAUAAAGUUUUACAGCAGAAACCAGCUAAUCAUUCCUCAGAAGAACUGAACAGAAAAGUAAUUUCUUUGGAAAGGACUGUUGUAGAAGUGCGGAGUAAUUUAACGAUAGCUGAAGCUCACAUAAAAUUUAAAGAUGACCUAAUUAAGGAACAUACCCACAACGUUAAUAAUAUUAGCAAGUUGCUAGAACAAUUAGCAAUUGCCAAUUGUCAAAAUCAAAUGAAAGAGCUAGCAUUUACGAAAUAUAAAGAACUGACCGCCACUACUAACAAAUUGGCAAAUGCGGCAGUAUUAUUUAACCAAAAACUAAACGAAAUUAAGGUGCUAACUGAAAUCCUUAAAACCAAAGACCAUCUUAUAAUGUCAAAAAAUAGGCAAAUAGUCCAACAAAGUAAUAAGCUGAACUUUAUGACAGCAACUGUAAGUUACAUGCAGAAAAGCCUGGCAAAUGCAGAAGAUAAAAUUAAGAUCAAAGAUGAGCUUAUAAGUGUUAAAAGUAAAGAAAUCAAUGAGAUAUCAAAAGCACUAAAGGUCAAGGAUGACCUUAUAGCAGUGAAAGAAAAAGAAAUUAGUGAUAAAAGUGAAGAUGAACUUUUAUUAGCCCUCGGAUCGGAAAGCUGUCCCAUCGGCCGUCCAAAUGGAAUUUACAAAAUAAAUAAUCCCGGAUUUAAGGCUCUCUGCAAUUCGAGUGGGUGGAUGACCAUUGAAAGGCGUUAUAAUGGAUCAUUGACAUUUCAGCAAAACUGGGCAGCUUAUAGGAAUGGGUUUGGAAGUUUAUCAGGAGAGUUUUUUAUCGGAUUGAAGAAGCUGCGCCAGAUGACUAAGGAUAAGCCCCAUGAGUUGUAUAUUAAGCUAGGUAAUUCUGAAGAAACAGACGGUUACGCCCAUUAUGAUAAUUUCCAAAUUGGAAGCGAGAAGGAAUUUUAUAAGCUAAAAUCGCUGGGUACAUUUGAUGGGGCACCCAACGUCCAAGAUUCCUUAAGAUAUCACGAAGGUAUGCAGUUCAGUACUUUUGAUGGCUACAAUGACAAUAACAGCUUGCAUUGCGCCAUACAAUACGCGUCUGGUUGGUGGUUUAAUAAAUGUAGCUACUCCAGUUCUGUUGUUAAAUCCGCUUCUACCAUUUAUAUGUUUGGUUCGGAAGUCAUAGCUGAAAUGUUGAUCAGGCCGAGGUCUUAAAACUUAAAAACUUAAAAAACCAGAUGGUUCUGUUUGCGGAUAACGGUAUUUAGUUAUUGAUUGUGAUUAAUAUAAUAACCUCUAUCGAUAUUAAAAUUUGUUUAUUUCAUUAUUGGGUGAUUAAUACAUUUCUUAAAUGGAUUAUAUAUUAUAUAAUUGCUUGUUAAAUCCCGCCUUUUCUGUUAUUUUUUAUAAAUUACUCUGUUAUAAUUAUUCUGUACUAAAACUUGGCAGUUCAAUUUCACUUUUUACUUAAAAAACAGGAAUCAAUUGAGUUCCAAAACUUUCUAUGCCCCCAAAACCUCCCACCUACGCCACUGCUUAAUGAAAGGGGAAUGGCCCCCAUAGCUCCUAGAUUUCGUGGCUUUUUGAUGAGUGCUGAUGAGACCGCCUCCGCUUCAGUUUUAUUCGCGAUGUAGGAGUGACUUUUCCCACACCGACAUGCAUCUCUAAUGACGCCGCUAGUCAUUCAGUCAUUCCGCCAUUCAGUCAUUCAUUCAGUCAUUUCCGUUUGGACCGCUCGACGUUGGUUCUUCACUUCCGUUUCAAAUACAUAAAACGGCGGAGAAGGCAAACACAUUUAAUGCGGAGAUACGGUCUAUAUAAGUAUAUAAACAAAAAACUGCGGGUGCUAUGGCAUUCAAUUCUAUUCCAUUCUUUCCCGGCUGAAAAAGCGUCGGCACUUUUUGCAGACAUGUCCCAAAUUUACUGCCAUUUAGGUACCAGCAGCAACAAAUGGGGUUUCUGCGACAGUCGGGAUAGAACUGGGAUAAUUAUUGGGAUAUGGCUGCGACUGACGCAUCGAAAAUAGAUUUUCUGCAAACCCUCAACGGCUAUAGAUCCUUCAGGCAGUGCUCAACACUCAAUCCCAGUUUCAUAUUGGCUGCUGCUCUUUUUUCCCUACCGAGUUUUCUGUUUGUUUGCGCAGACACUACGUCCGAUUUAUGUGCAAAUAAAAGGCAAACCGAAGUUGGCCAAAAAUAUUGGGGAGGACGAAGGAUACACUUCUGUCAUGGCAUAUUUUUCGGCACAAAAGAAUUCGUGCAUCAAAGCAAAAACAUAUUUGUACACAUUUCACUGAAGUGGCACAAUAACAAUUUUAUUUGCCCAAACUGUCCACAUUCCCAUAACAACUAAUAUAAAAGACAUGGGUUAAUUGCUGCAUAGUCUAUUUUGGGGCAGUUCAUAUAUAUUUAUGUAACGAAAACUGCUCUUAAGUAAAAAGUAUUUAUUUAAAGAGGAUGUUAGAUCUGACAAAGGAACAAUAAAAGAAAAAUUCUCUUAACUAAAAAAUAGUAUUUGGUAUAAGGAACAAUAGAGCAUUUAAGAACUUUAAACAGCUCUUUUAGUGGCAUAGAAUGGUUUUAAUUGCAAAAUCUGGUGUUUUUUAAGUAUCAAAUGUUUUAUUGAUGUUUAUCAAAAUCAAACUAACCAAAUACAACUUUAGACAUAUACCAUCAAUUUAUAGGGCUUUCCCUGAGCUGAUAUGUCAGACAAACCAAAUACAUUUUCAAACAUAUACCAUUAAUUUAUGGGCCUUUCCCUGAGCUGAUAUACCCCUUCAGUUUGCUGUACAACUGCAGUAUUUAAACCUCAACAUCGUUAUCAACAAGGCUGGGAGAUCUGGGGGCGAAAGACAUCAGAAUAGUAGCAACAUUUUUUGUACUUUUGUCAUGACAUUUUCUUUGGCCCGAGGCAUCCUGAAUUUGCUUCUCUGACUCUUCUAUUUUCUGUUUCUGUUUUUGCCCCCCAGCCAUUUCUCAUUCCGCUUUUCAUGGGCCUAUCUAGAGGCCCCCAUGAAAACGAAUCAAUAAUCCUCUUUGCAUUAGGUCCUCGAACAAAAGAGAUGCCAUGUAAAUCCCCGCAGUUUGUCAUGCGAAAAAGGGUGUGUAUGAGAUAUACUUAUGUGGGCAUCUUUUUAAUUGCUCUGGAGAGUGAGUAAACAGAGCAUUAAUGACUACCUAGCCAAUUUAGUGCCAUCUCCGGCACACUGCGUGCAUAUUAAAUGACAUGGCUGACAUGGCUGCCAUGGUGUCCUGGUCUCCCAGUGUCCUGCCCUCCAGUUUGUGCCGACUAGCCGGGAUCUUGCCCCACAAAUCCGCUGAAGCUGGGCCCCCUCUAUCUAAACACCCUCCUAGAAGCGAACCUAAAUAAACAAGCCGAGGCUCGCAAAAUAUUAAAAAGAUGACGACAACCGCCGAUGAGUGAGUGGAAUGGAUGUGGAGUGGAGUGGAGUGGAUUCUCCUGCCCUCCGGCUGAGCUGAACCCGAAUCCGAACCCGAACACGAUGUUUUAUGCGGCAGACGGCGCUGAGGAAAAACACGGAUUUGUCAACGCACGCACAAUUACACACGCUUAAUAGCGACAACAUCCUAGAGUCGCACGUAGAGCUGCACUGGAAAAAAAUCGAAUUGGGUUCGGGGCUUACUGGUAAAAUGUAUGGGGACUUAGAGUCACUAAAAAUCUUCUCUAAGAAUUAAAAAUGUUUUAACUAUAUUAAAAAUAGCAUUUUAAAGAUAUUUUAUAUAUUUUACAAUGUAACCAUCAAUAUCUUUUUUGAUAUUCAGAUUAUUUAUAUGAUAUGAUAUGAUAUGAUAUGGUAUUAGACAUAAAAUGUAUAAUUUCUUAUUCUUAAAAAUGAUAUUACAUGCUUUUACAGUUUUAAUAGCACAGAAAAUAUACAGUUUUCCAAAUAUGAUUAGAUAUGGUGUUUCUUUAAGGAUUCAAUGGAAAUGCCUUGUAGUUCUUAGAUGUUUUUAAUACAUUCUGAGUAUUACCUACAUAUUUAAAUUAUCGAAAACCCAAAAAUAUAUCUUGAAUGUAACUAAUGAAAUAAAAUGUUGUGGCGACUGAGCCAAGGAACUCAUUAUUAUCAUAGAGAAAAAAGCUUCUGUUUAAUGUUAACUUUUUUACUUCUUUUUUGAUUUGUAAAUUUUUCUCACCGUGUAACUUGCUUGUAAGCCGAAAGCACCCAUUCGCAUGCUUACAUAGACACAUCACCCACUUGGCACUCGUUUAUGGCGGGGCGGUGGGACGCCGUGAAACAUAACACACACUUAAUCCCGAUGUCACUAAUUCCCCAUUGUACCCCGUGUGCCUCCCCUUUCCUUCCAUCCGCAGACUAUCCACCGACCUGCCCGCCACCCUCGACGUGGAGGACGCGGCCAAGGAUG